UUCAAUCCCUAUUUUUUGUUUUUCUAUCUAUAAAUGCAAUUUAAAAAGAUCAUAUGCAAUUUGCUGUAUGUAUAUUUAUAUGGAGUGUUUCUUAUGUCUGAAUUAUAGAAACAAAAAUCAAAGAUCUCCUCCUCUCGAAGGCUGGGGUUGAAGAUCAGACUUCUGACAGUGGCAGCUCAGAUGCUGCAGGACGAGACGGAGCAGAAGCUGAAGGAGAAAGAAGCGGCUCUGGCAGAAAGAGUUCCUCCUCUUAGCAUGUCUGGUCAGUCUCUGCAAGAGCUUCAGGAUUUUUGCAGAGACUUGCAGCACAAGAUCGAUGUUGUAGAUGAGGAGUGGUACGAUAUCGGUCUCAAGGUGUCCAAAAAUGAGAAAGAGAUUGAAAACAUGAAACUGAAGAUCACUGAGAUCCAGAGUAAGUUCAAGAAGCCGACCCUGAGGAGAGUGAAGAUCUCAGCUGAAGCCAUGCUGAGCGUUCUGCUGGGCUCCAAACACAAGGAGACCAUCGACUUCAAGGCCAGUCUCAAAACGGUCAAGAAGGAAGAGGAAAAGAAAGAGGAGGUGACUGACUGGCGUAAGAACGUGGACGCCAUGUCUGGUAUGGACGGCAGGAAGAAGAUGUUUAACGCCGGCCAGUAGAUUCUGUAUCAAUAUUGGAUCAUUCAAUGGAUUGAUGGAUCAUUACAGCCCUUUUUGUUUUAAUAAUUGCUUAACUUUGCUGACUGUCUUACCUUUAUUAUAUUGAUUGAGGAAUUAAAAGUUGGACAACUACCCUUAAAACCAGGAUGGACUUGCUCGUUUUAAUAUUAUAGUUAUAAAGGAGAGCAACUGUUUAUCUAAAGCAUAUUUUAAGUUGAGGAUUUAGAGAAUAGUAAAACGGAUUUCUUAGUCACUUACAGCUUUGCAUUAGAGUUGUGCCUGUAGAAUAGAGUAUAGAGGAGAGUAUAUAGAAUAGAAAGCCUUUAUUGUCAUUGUACAAAAAACGAGAUUUGUAGUACAACGCUGUCACAAGUGCAGACAAACAAUAAAAACACGCUAGGGGGGAAUAAAUAGUUAAGAACAAUGGCGUGAAAAGCUAUAAAGGGAAUUUUUAAAAAAACGCAUAUAAGUAAAGUAAUUGAAAGAGUAUAUCACUUGAGACUAUAGGCUUGGUGGCCUGAGGUAGAAACUGUAGAACUGUAGUUCUCCUCUGUGUCCAUGUGAUGGCAGCAGAACUCUUUAAACCAUCUCUCAGACACUUGUAGAGCUACAGGAUAAUAUAUUGAAUGUGGAGAGACAUUGUUUGUAAUAAACAACUGCUAGUUUGUUCUCUGCUGUGAUAUAUGUAUAUCAAGCUUGUCAGACAUUCAACAUAUAUUGCCUAUUAAAUGCUGAAGAUUAAACAGCAUGAUUGCA